GGCUGCCCUCGCGGCGCAGGAGCAAAGAGGAAGUGCAGACGUCACUCAGAGCAUUAGUACCGGGUCGCGCAAGAGAAGUCUCGCGCUGUUUGCUGUUGCACGAUGCUACCACCUAAUGGUCGACAUACCAAGCGAAUACGAAUAAUAAAAGAUAUAACAGAGAAUAAUGAAGUAUAAAGAACAAACGGCUAGCAGAAAAGGAAACCACACUGUUUGUGCUGCUGUGCCUGCCGGCCGCCUGAGAAGCUGAUAUGGACUGGCACAUGCAGCAUGCUGCUGGCUGGCACUAUCACCAUGGCAACACUCACUAGGUCAUUCCAGAUGAGCUGUAAUAACAUCUGCCUGACCCAGUGACUUCAAGGUGCAUUCUGCACAUUAUACUUGCCUGCUAGAUAUUACUAGAAAACCAUGCCUGCACAUUCAGGGUUUGAAUUGACAUGGCCUUUGAGAAAACACCCUCUCAACGAUCCACACACACGCUGCAUCUCCAUGGAGCUUGGAUUAAUAACACCUGAUUGUACGUUCACCUUUGGCUCCCUUCAUGCAGAUUAAUGGGGUUAAUUAAAGUGAAAUCAUUUGAAAAGACAAAGAACAAACAUUGUGAGGUUGCUCUGUUGUUAAAGGGCCACUGACUGAGGAAAAUGUGUCUGAUUUGCAAGCCCAUAAAUAAAUAAUACAUACAAGCCUAAUACAUCCAUGUGUUGAUAUUAAAGCUUUGUUAGAAAUAAAGCAAUGUUUUGAAUGUUGCAGGAUCACUGGUGUUUCACCAACCCUUGACACAACAUUGGCCAAUUAUAUUUUUGAACACCAGUAAUGUUAGUGCACCAGUUCUCCUGUUCCCAUGUUGAGAGAAAUCGGGAUAGAAGUGCAUUGUCCCCAUAUCGCAGAGCAUGUUGUCCACAGGGGGGCGCCAAACAGCUGAAGGCAUCUGGCUUUAUUUAAACGGAAGGAGACAAGUUUAUGGUGACAUCCAGAAAAUGACGAAAACUAAGACUUGCCAGAAUGCUGAUUCAUUUUUGGAGUACGGCCAUAUCUAUUCAAACCAAGAUCUGAGGCUGGCGGUUCUGAUUAAUUUAAAUGGAAACAGCCCCACCGAAGGUUUCUGUAGGAGACCAAGCGCUUUCAGUGGGUGUCUGUCUUGCGUGUGUGCGUACCGGUUGUUUUUUCUGAGCCGUUGGACUGACGCACGGAUACUGCAGCAGAACUGCAGGGGCCUGGACGCUAACCUGGAGGACAUGAGGACCCAGUGGUUCCCCCACCCCUAAGCUCCAGACCCCACUGCUGCUGCACAUUCUGCUGAGCUGAGCAGAGCUCCCAGAGGCCGAUAGGAUGCUGACAGCUCGCGAUGGAGCUCGAGAUGAAGCUCAGAAGCUGCACAGGAAAUGGAUGAAGCACCAGGCCUUCAUGGCCGAACUGGCCCGUAACAAAGAAUGGCUCGCCAAGAUCGAACAGGAGGGCGAGGAGCUGAUCCAGGAACAGCCCGAGUUGCGAUCAGUGGUGGAGAUGAAGUUGAAGGAAAUCAGAGAGUGCUGGUCUCACCUGGAGAACACCACCAAAGUCAAGGCCCGCCAGCUGUUUGAAACGCAGAACCACCGCACUAUCGACCUGCCCACUAACACCCUCAGCGACCUGGACCAGCAUCUCACCACCAUACAGGAGCAGCCGCCCACACUAGGCUCCACCCACAGCACCCAACCCACCCUCCUUCAGCCGCGCCCCACUUUCAGCCAGCAACUCCAGAGGAUACAAGUGAGACCUGCAAAAGUGUUUUUUUUUUUUUUUUUGAUUUGGAAAUCUAAUUUUGGUGAAGUCAGGGCUGGUGCUGAUCACCGGAGACCAGAAAGAGAAGAGCAAGGAGGUGUGACGGAGACCCGAAUCGUGCGUCUUAUCGAGCCUCUGAAGGAAAGGAGGCGGAUACUUCUCGCCUCAAAAGAAUUGCACCAAGUCACCCAGGACCUGGAGGAUGAGAUUGUAUGGCUUCAGGAUCGGUUACUUUUGGCCUCAUCUACAGAAUAUGGGACCAAUCUGCAGAGUGUCCAACAUUUAAUCAUUAACCAUAAGGCACUGCAGACGGAGAUGCAGGCUCAGAGGGGGCGGGUCGAGGAGGUGCUGGAAAGGGCGGAGGCCAUUGCUGCCCUGCGGACCCCAGAGGUGGAGCUUGUGCGUGAAGGGGCCGGGCAUGUGAGGCAGCUGUGGGAGGUGCUCCAGGUAGAGAUGGAACGUCGCACAGUGAUGCUGGAUGCCGUGAACCAUGCCCAGCAGUACUACACCCAGGCAGUGAAGGCAGAGUCUUGGCUCAGUGGACAGAAACUUCAGGUCCUUAAUGAGGAGAAAGGAAACGAUGCGGCCAGCACUCUUAGGUUACUGAAAGAGCAGUUGGCAUUAGAGCAAACAGUGGAGAAUUAUGCAGAGACAGUGAGCUCACUGUCCCAGCAGUGCCGUCGCAUGCUUGAGCUGGGACAUCCAGAUAGUGAGCAAAUCACCAAACAGCAGGCUCAUAUAGACCGGCUAUAUGUAUCUCUAAAAGACCUGGUGGAACAGAGGAAAACAAAGCUGGAGCAGCAAUACUGGUUGUAUCAGCUGAAGCGAGAGGUAGAGGCGCUGGAGAAAUGGAUCUCUGAGAGGGAGGCUGUCGCCAGCUCCACUGAACUCGGCCAGGACCUCGAGCAUGUCGCGGCUCUGCAGAGCAGCUUUACUCAGUUCUCCACUGAGACACGUGCAGUCGGCCAGAAACAGAUGGAUUCAGUCAAUAAGAUGGUGAAUGAGAUGAUUGACUGCAGUCACUCUGAUGCUGCCACCAUUGCAGAGUGGAAAGAUGGGCUGAAUGAGUCCUGGGCAGAUCUUCUGGAGCUCAUGGAGACCAGAGCGCAGAUGCUUGCAGCCUCGUACCAGCUACACAAGUUCUUCACCGACUGUCAGGAGGUGCUGGUCCAGAUCGAGGGAAAGAUGAGACAGCUGCCAGAGGUGAGGUCAUGUCAGGUGAGCUCGGCCAACCCUGGCACACUGCAGAGACUCCUGCACUCUUUUGAGCACUCCCUGCAGCUGCUGGUCUCACAGGUACGCCAACUGCAAGAAAACGCAGUUCAGCUGCGUGCGAUUUAUGCCGGAGAGAAGGCAGAUGCCAUUUUGUCCCGUGAGCAGGAAGUGAUGCAGGCUUGGAAAGAGCUCCUUGUUGCAUGUGAGGGCAGCCGUGUGCAGGUCACCACAGUAACCGAUAAGAUCCAGUUCUUUGCUGUGGUGCGGGAACUGAACAUGUGGAUGGAUGGAAUAAUGGGACAGAUUGGCUCGAUUAAUGAUGCCAGGCGUGGGUCUUGGUGUUGGGCGGGUCCUUGUGUACGUGUCAGGGACCUCUCUGUGCUGGAUGGCAUGAUGUCCCAACAUCAGAAUCUGAAGAGUAAGAUAGAUAACAAGAGCAAGAACUUUGUGCAUUGCGUGGAGAUGGGAAAGAUGCUGCUCGCUGCACGCAACCCUGCAGCUGAAGAGGUAAAGGAGAAGCUGGAGUUUAUCAUGGCAAAGCAGAAAGAUCUGAAUGAGCGAUGGGACCAGCACUGGGAGAAGCUUCAGCAAGCCCAGCAGAGGCUGCAGUCCAACCAGCUGGGAUCGGCGGAGCAGUCCUGGCUCACAAUCAAGGAACCAAUCACUCCAAAUACCCGUGAGGCAGGUGGCGGGACAGAUGAGGUGGAGGAGUUGAUUCGCCGGCAUGAAGCAUUCCGGAAGGCCGCGUCCACGUGGAAGGAUCAUUUCAGCUCGUUACGCCUGGCAGAGAAAAUGAAGGAGGAACUGAACAAGCAGCCUUCUACCUCCUCUCUCCUCAGCAGGCAGAUGUUCCCUCUCUCCUGUCUUGUGCCCAGCUCCUCUUCCUCGUCUUCAUCCUCCUCUCUCUUCCGUAACCCUCUUCAGGACUCAUUUCUGGAGUCCAAGCCCGGGCCGGACUUCAUGCACACCACAGAACACACCAUGGUGAACACACUCGCUCAGCGGCUCGGAUCCACCCUGAACCCUUACACGCCCGUCAUGAACGGCUCCUCGUACCAAGGGCUGAACCAGCCAUCGGGGGGCACGGCGGAGGGUCUUUCCUACCAUGGGCUAAAACAACAAAUUGUUUCAGGGUUGGAUAAUUCUAGCUAUCAGGGGUUAAACCAACAAGUUGGUGUCUUGGGGGUGAACAGCUCCAGCUACACUGGACUUAACCAACAGGGUGUUUUAGCAGAAGACAGCUCCAGCUACCACAGCCUGAACCAUUUAGGUGCUGUGGCGGUGGGAGUGGAGCCCAAACUGGGAUAUGCUUGGCAGCACCUGAAAGCUGACUGCUUUCAGCCCAAAAUCAACCACAUUCAUAAAGCUGUUCCACCUUUACUGGAGGCGCACCGAGCCCAGCUCGCCGGUGGAGCAGCAAACAUGCCAGCUCCUCCUAUGGGCCUGGACCCCUCCCUGGAGAUGAUCCACAGCCGGUUACAGAGAGACCCCCGCGGGAGCCGAUCUGACCCGCAAAUGGAUCACUUGAGGCGGGAGAGAGAGUACCGGCUUGGCCGACAGACCUCCAGCGAGCAGGAGAUCCAGGCACGACUUAACGAGCUCCCGCUGAUUGUAAGGCAGGAACGCUACCGUCGAAGAAUGGAGAGACAGUCGUCUAGUGAGCAGGAGGGCAGCGGUAAGCAGAGAGUACAGAAACAUGACUCCAGCGAUGCAGAAUCCGGGAAAGAGCCAUCUGACAAGAGACCAUCUGGGGAGAGGCGUUCCACUAUGGCUGAGAUUGUUGAGCAAGUGCAGGAGAGAGAAGCUUGUCAAGCGAGAGGAGAGGUGUACAGACCCUCCAGCAGCCUCUCUGCACCAGUGAGCCGUCUGGAUCGCCCUCGAGCUCGAGACCGCCCCAAACCACGACGAAGACCUCGUCCAAAAGAGCCUGAGGAGCCACGGAGGUCCCGUUCUGCACCUGCUCAGAGCGUCCCAUCCACACCUCAGCCUCCUGCCCACACCGUUCAACAUGAGGGCUUCCUGUACAGGAAACACGAAGAGGAGGGGAAAGAGAGAAGCCCAAAUAGCAAGUCGUGGGUAAAUCUGUUCUGCAUGCUCAAACAAGGGGAGAUCGGUUUCUACAAGGAUUCCCGACACAAAACAACACCCUACAACGAUGAGCCACUUCUCAACUUGGCCAUCUGCGAAUUUGACACUACCAACGGAUAUAAAAAGAAGAAGAAUGUCUUCAUUCUCAGGACCACUGCUGAAGGGGACUACAUCUUCCUGGCUAAGGAUGAGGAGGAUCUGAAAGGUUGGGUCAACAGCAUCAACGCUAGCCUGAAGGAGAUCGAAGAAAUUGCCAAGUGGGAGAAAGCCACAAACUCCUUCACCGACCCCGACAAAUCAGAGCGGAAGGAGCGUUCUGAAGGGGCGGAGCCAUCUGAGGGGGCGGAGAGAUCAGAGAGGUCAGAGAAGUCUGAGCGUUCAGACCGAUCGGAUAAAAUAGAGGCAUCGGACAAAAGCUCAGAAAAGAGGGACACACCCGAGAAGGAGAGAGGAGAUAGAGCUGAAAGAGGAGAGAGGGGAGAACGAGGAGACCGGGGUUCCAGGGGUUCCAGCACUUCGGGAAAAAGCAAAUGACUCAUCUCUCCACACCUUUAUUUACUCAUCCAUCCCUCCAUCUUUCCAGAGAGAAGACAGGACUUGCAUUUCUCUGUCUCUGUCGCUCUGUUUGUCCUGACAGCCUGAUUUCAGGACCGACGUAUUUAAUGUGUCGAUGUGCGUCUGUGUGCGUGUGCCAAUGUGUUGAAGAGAUUGUCUGUGAAAGAAUACGAAAUGAACAGUAUAAGGCCGUAUCCCAGCAUCAGAGGGCCAGUUCAGCCGCCCUGCUCGACUCUCACAGAAAAGGCACUUUAGAUUAUUGAGGAUGACUAUAGCCCUUAAUAUUUUAGAAGCGUUUUCUCGAAGCAAUAUACUGUACGUAGUAACCGAUGCCGCUCGUUUUAGCUGCUCUGCUCUUCCAAGCGAGUGCGAGAGAGAGAGAGAGAGAGAGAAGUGACAGAGAAGUCUUUCAGAGAGAAAUCUGGUGCGGUAGUAGGGUAGUAGUAGUUCCUCCUGAUCGACAUCCUUGCACAGCCCCACACAUGCAUACGCACACGCACUGUGCAUCAUGGGAAAAUGUUUGCUAUGGAACACCAUUCUCUCACCCGAGGCCGUACACAUCUUCCACCUGCUGCUUGUAGUAAUGGUUUUUAAUCAUGCGAGACGCUUCACAGUACUCUGGUCAGUCCAAAUUACACUCGAUGAAGAGUCUCGAUCACAAAAUGUGAAUAUAAUGUGGCAGUGGGUGUGUGAAUAGAGCUCCAUCCAGAAGGAAAUCAAAUGUACUAUGUAUAAUCUCAUUGAUUGUAUUUAUUAGGUUAUCACGAUACAAAUUUAAAGUGUGAGGUUAUUCUUCCCUGAGCUAAGAGGAAGUACGAUCAAACACCCCCGUACGUGUACAAAAAUGCUGCUUUUUAUCAUCUCUGCCCCCUUACAUCACUUUUUGAUUGUAAAAUGAUUAGUACACAUAAAAUAGGGUGUCUGUGACUUUGUCAUGCUAUAAAGAAAAAGAUUGUAUAUAUAUAUAUUUGUAUAUAUACUAGUAAACGAGAUUUACUUCUAUGAGCCGCAUCGUCUAAUUACAAAAAAAUAUAUCAUUUUUAUCAAUGUAUGAAAAUGUAACAAGUAAAAAAAAAACAUUGUUUAAAGUGCCCCUGGCUGAAUUCAGACAGUAAACAUGCGCGUUAGCCACCUUUUCCGGGAUCUCUUGUAUACGGAAAUGCAACUUUUACUGUUUACGGUUUUGUUUUGGCCAGGGCAAAAGAUCAGGAUCCUUGUAAAAAGAAAUCACCAUUAAAACCCUCAUCAGAGACUGUUUUGUGUUUAGUUUAAAGAAAACUGUCUCUUGACAGCUGUUGCAAUUCCUAUGACAAAGACAAUGAUUUUCCCCUUAAAAUAUAUAGGUGCAAAUUAUAUUUACACAGAUGUGAUACAAAUAAAAAUAUCAGAGUAAACCAGAAUCGUUCAUUUAAAAGAAAAACUGUUUUUCCACUUAUUUGUAAUGAUGGUCCUAAUGCUUUAAUUUACAUUGUAAAUCACAUUGGUGAGGUCAAGCUCUGUUUUCACGGCACAAACGCCUUCUGAGUUCAAACUCCGACUGGCCUCAUUGUCUAUGCAACACCAAAUAUCAGCGCCAUACAACAGCCAGUUUCUGAAAUUGAGAUUAAACCGUGUGGAAACUAGUCCUUACCUAAAUCUGUGAAUAAUCACAUUUGUAAUAAUCCAACACAAAUCUACAAACCUCUGCUUGGAGAUCAAUAACAUUAGGACUCGUCUAAUGUGUCAGUUUUUUCUCUCUGUGGGUGCCUUAUGAAUGCAUGUUAUAAGGAGAUGUGGACACCGCCUCCAUUAUUGUAUUCGGUAUGUUCUGAAUAAAACACUCAUGACAAAAAACAUUGCUUAAAGACACACUUGACCCCUGAUCAGCUCCAGUAAAACAUGCAAUAUUGAUCUGCAUUUUAAAUACAGCUGAGCUGAUCGUGUGCACUUGCUUUCAGAAAUAAGUGAGUUCCUGCUGUCACAGGACACAUACCCUAUGACGACAGAAAACAGUUGCACAACCUUCAGUCAGGCUUAGGGUCAAAUCUGCUACUGAGUGGAUAUGUAUUUGGUCAUUGUCAUAGAAACUGCAUAACUAGAGACUAAGCUUGUUUUGCACUGCGUAUCGGUGUCUGAUAAAUGUAAUUGAGGGUGAAUGAAUGUCUGUUAGCAAAUCGUUGCUGUGUAUGUCUCUGUCUUGCUGAAGCAACCUCACUCCUAACAACCAACUCUACCCCUCCCAAAGCAUUAAAUAACAAUUUGGACUUAUUUUACUUAACUUUUUGACUCUUCUACAUAUCCAACAUUUGUUUCAGAGUGACCUUGACUAUGGUCUGCCUGCAAAAAGCACAAUUUCUCCCUGAACAACAAUCUGGAGUAUUAGAAAA